AUGAGAAUUCUCGUCGAAAACAGUCCUAAGUAUCGCCGCGCUGGAAAAAGAGUCGAUACAUUGAUGUACUGGAUCCCGGAUCUUGCUCGCAAUGACCUCGUGCGAGCUUUUCGGGGUCUCAAACAGACAGAGCACUCGUCCAAAGUUAUGUACCUUCCACCCUACAGGACUAACGGAAUUCAGGCAGCAGUGGUAGAAUGGAUUAGAGCUUUGGACUUAGAAAUAAUAAGCCUACUACUGUCAAGGGCUUGGCCAAUGGCAUUAUUAGGUAUUAGCGAACUUCGAUGGAGACCAACCGUAUUAACAGAUACUGAUAACGUUGUACGACUCGAUAGGAGGCAAAGAUUAGUUAGAUGGGAUAGAAGGCCGCCAAAUGAGAUAUUUUUAAACGGAUUUGUACCCAUUGUGACACGGGAGGACCCGGAUUGGGAAGAGACAGACUUGUAUGGUUUUGCCAAAAAUAAUCAUCCAUCCAUCUUUGUUUCAACAACAAAAACACAAAGAAACAAAAAAAAGUAUGUUUGGACACCGAGAAAUGCCAACCGGGGUAUAGUUUAUCAAUACGAAAUUUAUGCUCCUGGAGGAGUUGAUGUAAACGAUUCCUUCUCAGAUGCAUCGCCAUGGCCUAAUCAAAUGGAGGUAGCCUUUCCUGGAGGAAUACAAAAUAUAUAUAUUCGAUCAGCAAGGGAACUACACAAUGGACGAGUUCAAAGAAUUUGGAUAAAUCCCAAUUUCUUGGAUCCCGGUGAUUUAGAACCCAUUGUUUCUUCUUCAAGAACUCUUCAAGUCAUAUGGGAAAUAAAUCAUCCUGAUGGUGGUAAUAAAGAUCAACGUUCUGAGAGAUCAACAAGCUCUUAUGAUGACUUGAUGUACGGUGGUACAGGUAAUGUACAAGAGGAUACGUUUGGUGAUGAGUCUAAUAACCCAAAACCAAUUGCAGCUGGUGAAUUUAUGAUUGAAAGUAUAAAAGAUAAAAAUUCCUUUUUGGAUUUAAGUAAGAAUGUCAAUGGCGGAAUUAUUCACAGCAACGUAUAUAGUGGCGGGAAUAGCCAAAUAUGGGUAUUUAGUUAUGAUGAUAAUAAAAAGGCGUACAAAAUACAAAGUUAUCAAAAUUCUAGUCUUUAUUUGAGCUGGGAUAGUAAUGCUUCAUCUAAAGAAAUGAUUCUCCGAGGAUAUACAAAUAGCGGCAGCAAUAACCAAUACUGGCAAAUUGAACAGACCGGGAGAAAUUAUAGACUUAGGAAUCUUUUAAAUCUAGAUAUGAUUAUAACAGCUCAGGAUAAAUCUAGUGCAUUCGGUGGGAAAGAAGUUAUUGUAAAUACUGAAAUAACUAAUUCUAAUACAAAAAUCUCUCAGGAAUGGAAAAUGAUUCCUUUCGAUUUUCGGCCGAUUAUGGAUGGCGAUUACAAUAUAUUUAAUCUUGACUUAUCGAAUCAAGUUGUUGACUUUAGUAAUCAACCCGAUUUAUUGGUCCACGGGCAUGAAUUUUGUGACAACGAAAAUCAAACGUGGCACUUUACUUACAAUAGUACCCAUCAUGCUUAUCAAAUAUGGAGUGGUCGAAAAUCAAAUCUUUUGUUGACUUGGGAUAGUAACGCUGCGUCAAAAGAAAUGGUUGUUCGAGCAUAUACAGAGAGCAGGAGUAAGAAUCAAUAUUGGCGUAUUGAACCGACCGGCUCUAAGUCUUGUAAACUUAGAAAUUUGGAAAACUCAAGUAUGAUUUUAGGUUUAAGUAAAGUUAGCACUUCAUAUGGUGGAUUAAAUUUAAUGGUUGAAGAUGAUUCUGAUGGUCAUUCUAAUCUACAUUCAGACUGGGAUAUUAAACUCAUCUUUUAUCAGUUCAUUCCAGAUGGCGAUUAUAAUAUAUUUAAUGAUAACUUCCCAAAUAUAGUCGUUGACUAUACCAACCAAGAGGGUGCUUUGAUUCAUGGUCAUAACUUCUGUAGCAACAAUAAUCAAAAAUGGUCAUUCGUCUAUGAUGGGAAGAGAAAAGCUUACAGAAUAAAGAGCGGUGUUCGUUCAAACCUUUGGUUAAGCUGGGAUAGCAAUGCCUCAUCUAAAGAAAUGGUUCUUCGUGCAUAUACAGAGAGCGGGAGUUCUAACCAAUAUUGGCGCCUUGACCCAGCCAAUGACGGAUCAUACAGAAUCAGAAAUCUGCAGGACUUUAAAAAGUUAAUAGCUCUAACUAAUAUAAAUACCCCUUAUGGAGGCAAAGAACUUAUAGUAUCAGAUAAUAAAGAAAGCGGUAACACUUGGUAUCUUAAACAACUAGGGGAAGUACCUCUACCAAAUAGAAAAUUCAGAAUUGCAACUAAACUAAAUUACAAAAAAGUUAUCGAUUCAAGUACAUCUUACAACUUGAUCAUUACUCAUGACCUAAAUUUUGCUUCUAGCAUAUGGGAACUUGUAUAUGAUUCAAGUAAAAAAGCUUACAAUAUAUAUUCUUCGGACAUCAAUAACUUAGGAUGGAUAUAUCAAAAUAAAAACUUUUUUGUUAAGCUGGGUAAUAUAGAUGGCCCUGACCAUGGAGAUCUGAGAUAUUUUUGGACGAUAGAAUAUAGCAUGCAAACUGGUUGCUAUUUAAUAAGAAGCUUAUAUGACCCAGCUCAUGCAGUCGGUUAUACUGACAAGGACUCUGUAAUCACCGAUACAUCAACAUACUCCGAUAAUCAAUUAUUUCAUUUCAUUCUAAUGUAA